AUGGUAGGACUCGACGCAUCCGAGUGGGGAUCGGGCAUAGCCAAUGUAUGCGAAAAGCUCGAUGAACUGAGCAAGGGGAAUUGGGUCUGGCCAAUAUGUCCCAAUGGGUUCGGGUAUGGGGGAUCGGGCUUAGCCAAUAUGUACCAAGGGCUUGAUUUACUGAGCAAGGGGGCAUCAGGCCUAGCCAACAUGUCCUACCAGGUGCAAAUCACUGAUAGAUUGGUCGUCGAGUUCGAGGAGUGGGUUGCUGCCAUUCAGACUCCUAAUGAGAUAAUGGAAGCAUAUAUGGAGAGAUCCUAG